AUCAGUAAUGGAAAGAGAAAAACAUACUCCAGAAAUUCGCGAAUUACUACCAGUUAGAGAGCACAGAUGUGGAAAAUGUCCUAAAUUGGUGUUUGGCAACCUCAGUCACUAUCAGUUGCACCUGCGCCAACGCCACCACGAAGUGCCACCAUCCGCAAAAAGUGCAGCAAACAUUGCCUUUCAUUGUCCCGUGGAAAGGUGCAUCUACCAUGUCGUUACCAAAGGAGCACGCAGCUUCACCAGUCUGCGUUUAUUGCGCCAACACUACCAGAAGAGCCACCUGGACAAGAAUUACAAGUGCCAGGAGUGCGGCGAGAAGUUCCUGCUGCAGCACCACCUGGAGAAGCAUCAGUGCUCGGAGCACAAGUGUCCCAUUUGCGAACUCACCUACAGCAGUAAGGCUGGCUUGAGAACGCACAUGCGGCGCAAGAAUCACCUGGUGGAGCAGCAGGAUUCCGAUAAGGUUGCCAUACCCUCGCUGUCCAACUGGAGGAAAUUGAAUCCUCCUACAAAAGAGUCUAAUGUAUGCUCCAGUUUGGAACUAUCAGUUCCAGAGAAGAAUAUAGAGCAUAUGCCUUGUAAUCAAGAAGUUGCCAUUCAAUCUGCUUCUCUGGAAGAGGAUUUACCCCCUCCAGAAGAGCAUAUUCUAUGUUUCCUGCCCAUUAUGGAUGUGCCCUAUGCACUGGAGCAGCUGCCAUCCGAGAAGCUGGACAUGGAAACCCAAACGGAGGAGGACGAGGUCCUGAAUGAUAUCAGAAAUAAUGUCCUAGAGCCUCUUCUGCGGGAUAUAGAAACACAAACACCCGACACCAGGGGCGAUAUAGGAACCAUGACUGAUGAUUUUCCAGAAGAACAGGAGCAAGUUGCAGGCGACUUUCCCACAUAUCCAGAUAUUGAAAACCAAACUCGAGGCGAUAUGGGAACGAUGACAGAUGAUUUUCCAGAAGAGCAACCUCCAGGAGCUGGCGAUUUUCCCACCUAUCCCGAAAACGAACACAUGUUUGGCCUGCAAACCUCCGCCCACAUGUAUACUCAGACCUGUGAUGAACUGUUCGAGGAACUGGGACUGUCCCACAUCCAAACACAAACCCAUUGGCCUGACGGUCUGUACAACACACAGCACACGCAGACAUGCGACGAAAUGCUGGAUGAACUCUUUCUGGACAACUUUCAGUCGACCUGCACCCAAACCAGGUGGCUGGACUGGCAGGACAAUGCAGAAGGUGAAAGCUAAGAAAAUUGGAGUUUAAGAAUUGUUAUGUUUCCUUAAUAUACGAAAGGGCAAAACCCAACAUUUAAGCUUUAAUUUUAUAAUGCAGGAUAUGUACUUUUAAGAAACUGUUCGAAAAGGAAUACCUAAAAUUUUGUUAAACAAAAGUAAAUUCAUGAAUUCAAAUAACAUGACAGGAUGACCAAGUUCUUAUAUUCUUAUAAACAACUUUAUCAGAAGUUAUAUGAAAUAUAUUUAUUGAGAGUGUAGAAAAUAUUUGUUUUCUAAUGGAGAGAAGUCUGAGUGAUCUUAGAACUA